UAGGCGAUAGUAAGAAAUUCAAUAUUGUUAUGAUUGUCCAACAAAUUUAUCAUCUGUGGAGAAGGUCAUAUUGCAUCACAACAAGAAAAUAGUCAGCAUUAAAACUGCCUUCUGAUUGACCGAGCACACAAAUGUUAACUUAAAAUUGUUACUGAACGUGGUGACUCAAAGAAAUUGAUUAAGUAAAAAGUUAAUAAAAAAGAAAAUCCCCGAAAAUGGCUGCGAAGAAGAUGAUGAUGGGUUUAGUUUUGUUUCAAAUAGAAAGACAUAUUUUUGAGGCUAUCGCGACCAAUCCACAUGCAGAUUCGAAAACAAGAUGCAUCAGUUACAAAGAAGUCUUGCCAAAUGGAGUAUGCAUAAAUGAGCUUAAGAAUUAUAAAAUUUUUCAAUCACCUCUUCAAGCAAAAAGAAGCAAUCGAAAUGCACAGUGGGUCAAGGUUUUCCUGUUAUUAAUGGAAAAUAAAACACGUGAACAAGUUUUACUUUAUGGGACACGUAUACUUCAUGAAUUUUUUUCUAGAACACGGUUCUUCAAUUGCAGAAAGAAUAGAAAAUUUAAGAAAAUUUUGGAAAGUUUUAAAAUAAACAUGAAAACGAUUUCACUUCGUUGUAUUGAUACUGUUAGACGAUCAAUUUGUCAUAUCAUGCACCCUGUAUGCUUUAAAUCAGAAGAAAAUGGUAGAAUUAUAUCAUCGCCGCCUUGCAGAAGAUUGUGUACAGAAAGUGACUGCGAGAACAUUAUUAAAACAUGGAUUUACAACAUCACAUUACAAAUGCACAAACGUUGUCCAAAUCGCAUAAGAGACCCUAGAAAGCACAGAGAUCGCUACACUUGUGCUCAAUUUCCAGUGGCUGACAUGAAACACGUUGAGAGAUGUCAAAGUAUUAUUAAGAGAAAAGAAAAACAUUCAGAAAUUUGUUACAAUGGCGAUGGCACUUCUUACAACGGCACUGUCAACAUUACGUCAACUGGAAAAGCCUGUCUACCAUGGAACAUCAAUCCAUUUUUAUCUUCGCCAGUAUACAGUAAUUUAAAAAAUAAUUACUGUAGAAAUCCGCAAGGCUAUGCAACAGCUCCUUGGUGUUAUGUUAAUGCUACCAAUCGAGAUUGGGAAUUUUGUGAUGUACCAAAAUGCGAAGGAAGUAAAGUAAAGAUCAAAAACAUCAACUCAAUAUCGAUUGCAAUUAAAGUUCUUAUCGUUGUUUCUGCUUUGGUGUUUACUUUUGUUUUGAUAUUUUCCAGUUGGAAAAUAUAUCGCGUCUGGAGAAAGAAAAAGGAUGUAAAGAUCAAAAACAUCAACUCAAUAUCGAUUGCAAUUAAAGUUCUUAUCGUUGUUUCUGCUUUGGUGUUUACUUUUGUUUUGAUAUUUUCCAGUUGGAAAAUAUAUCGCGUCUGGAGAAAGAAAAAGGAUGAUACUGAAUAUAUUGAGCCAUACAAUGUUUGUGAUGUAUCUGACAAAGAAAAGAUGUCAAAAUUAUUGAGGUUGCAGACAAGAAGUGGAAGUUGAAACAAAAGAGUGGUUCAUAGAAUGAAAAAAAAUAUUUUUACUACCCUCGACCGUGGAACAGGAAAAAGGAGCUUGUAUGUCUACCUGUGUAUUCCCAAAUCGAAAGUGGUGGUUAGGCGAAACGAGUUGUAAAAAAGUAAAAAUUAUCCCUUGUUUUCAACGAAAGCUUUUGUAUGACAAGGAAAGAGAAUACUUUAGUUUUUAAGAAAGUGUAAAAUAUAUCGUCAUAAGGAAGAUCCUGGUAACAGCUU